ACCGGUCGCCAUUUUACAGUCACAAUCAUGCAAAGGAUUAUAUAUACAAAAUUAGUUUUUAUUUUGACUCGAAAUGUCAUAGGUACUAAGAAGUACAGUAAGACACAAGCUAGUAUAUUCAUUAUGGCAUAUUGCAUGACCAGCUGGAAUGAAAAUUGAACUCUCACACAAUUGUGGCUUGUGGCAUUGUAAAUUUGCAUGAAAUAUUUGCAUAUACAAGACUAACCAAAUGCGAUCGCAGCCUGUGCUGAGGCUUCCAGUCUCGGACUCGGAGACGUGAACUUCCUACCAGGAAAGGGGACCAUCAAAAAAAGGUCUACAACAGAUACAACUAUAACUUGAGAUAUGUUUUCCCCAUCAAUGUCGUCAGGACAGACCCCGAUAUCACCCAGAAAAACUGAAUCAGUUUUGAGGACAAAGGCAAAGGAUGCUCUUGACGACCAGCCCCCAUUGAAAGCCGAGGACAGUCUCCAGUCAUGUCCAGUACUGGGGAACUGCAGCUCAGGCACAGCAGAUGACAUGCACUCUUGUCAAACUGUGACAGGUGAACAACAGCAGUGCACUAAAGAGGAGACCAUUGGUGACUUGGUUACUUGUAAAACAACCAGUAAUGCAAAUAAUGCGAUUGAUGGCCAACAUGUCCAGGACACUGUAAAGCUAAUCCAGACUAAUGUAGAGCUAGUUUUAGACUCCGAGUCUACUGAAGAAGGCAUAGAUGGCAACCUGUAUGUCGAUCAUGUUGUAAAGCAGACCAAACUAGUGCACACCAAAGGGCGUGAAAGGUCUACAUGUGACCAAGGGGAUUCUGUGGACAAAGUUUCAGCGAAAGUAGAAAAUGACACCAGUUUAGCAAUGAAAUCGGUGGAAGUUGAUGGUACAGGGGAGAGUGGUCAGCCAGAUAAAGAGUUAUUGGAUGUUGUUGGAUUGCACGAUGGAUUAUCAAACAGUCAGAUAACUAAGAGCACCUGCAGAACUGUUGACCACCGUGUACCCACUGAGGGGGGCAGAUCGGACACACCAACCAAAAAGCAGUUCAAGUCUGAGUUCAGGAACACGGAGGAAGUGCGGAAUUGGAGCCAUGAGCUGCAGCAGGGAUAUCGCAUUCUUCGGGAGAUCAUGGUCGACCAUCGCAAGAACAUCUCCUGGCCGUUCCUGGACCCGGUAGAUGUGGAAGGAGAGAACCUGUGGGACUACCACGACAGGAUCAAACAACCCAUGUGGCUGCGCAGGAUCAAGGACAAGUUUCACAACAGUGAAUACAGCAGUAUUACGGAGUUCGUGAGUGACAUGCGACUUGUGCUGGAGAACUGUUACCGCUACAAUGGGAUAAACCACUACGUCUCCAAACAGGCGCAGAAGAUGGAGAAAGUCAUGGAGCAAAAGCUGGCUCUGCUAUCCAAGACCCUGCGGGAGAAAACAACAUUACACAUGACAUCAGGAGGGAAGUAUGGGGAGGAUCCACACACCAAACGUCGCUCUGUAGUGAGAAAUCUCCAGGCUACUCACGAUCAGACUGGUUCUAUCAUACUCACAUACAUUCGCAAGGAAAUAGAGGCACAGGAGAAGGAGGAGCGUCGGCUGCGGGAGCUGGAGAAAAGAGAGGAGUGGCAGAAACAGCAGCAGGAGAUCCUCGACUGGGAAAACAAACUCCUGGAGGAGACCCAUCUCAAGGAACUGUGGGAAAUACCAGCCAUUGGCCACUUCCUAUGCCUGGCUCAGCAGAUUCUCAACAUCCCGGAGGUUGUGUUCUAUGAGUUAGAGCGAGGCUUGGCCAUGCCUCAAGCCAGCUCCACUCUUGCCAUGGUGUUUUCCUACCUCCUCAGCACCCCACACCAGCGCACAAAACUGCCCAAGAAGCCGUACAUGCCUUACUGUAUAUGGAACAGAAAACUGCGAGAAAGACUGCAGGAAUGGUAUGACAUACUUGAUGAGCAAGACACCUAUGAAGAUGCAGCUGAUUAUAUAGGUAUCACACGGGAGUUUUUCCAGGAACUCGGAGAGAGAAAUCCUCUUGUAGAUAAACAGUAUCAUGAGUUGCCUUUUAGACAGCGAGUUUGGAUCCUGAAGUCCCUGUGUGACAACGUGUACUGGAGUGAGGUUGACAUCCAGGAAGUGGUGGACAGACUGCCGGUGUUCGAGCAGAGAGAGGUCAUUCUGGGAUACGAUGCUGAUGGGUGUGCCUAUCUUCACUUCCCACAAUUCUGUGGGGCAGACCUGCGGAUCUACAAACAACGGCCACUACCUAUUCCCUGCUUGCAGAAGACUCAGAAGAAAACUAAAAAGGACCUUUGGUCCAGUACAGAGGCCGAAGGAGAAGAAGGACAGAAGACUGCAGAAGUUGACCCCAACAAAGACAUAAAGGCUAGUGAGGAUGGCAAUGGUGGUCUCCAGAACCUUCAAUCCUCAACAAAUGGAGAAAAGGGGCAGGGAGAUGCUGAAGUUUACAAGACAACUGCCGCCCAAGAUGAGACUGUCUCAGGUAACACACAGACACCAUCAAAAUCAACAGCAGGUGUUUCAAAUUCCAGGCAAGAAUGCAAACUCCAGACGGAAGAGACGUCUGUGGAGCUGUGUCUUCACAACAGUGGUGGUGACAGUAAACUACUCCAUGGAGAUAUGACUGAAAGGGAAACAAGAGUGAAGAAAAGGAAGCAUCCAUCAUCAGUCAACAGAGAGGGGAACUCAAAGAAAUUGUCAGUUGAUAAUGAGAAAGUACGUAGGGUGUCCAAAAGAAAGAGGUCCGUAUUCUCCAACAAACAGGACAUUGGAAGUGCUGAUGUGUCUGGGAGGGAGGCCUUGAUGUCACCCCGGCGUUCCAAGCGACAGAAGCAUCAGGUGGAGAUGUACACCACUCCGGACCCCAGACAGCCAACCAGCAAACUCAGGGACAACAAGGCUGCUGGAGGACAGGUCUCAUCAUGUAAGAAGAAAAGGAAGAAAAAAAGAACAAAAGACAAGACCAACAGUUUGGACCUGAGUACAGAGCUGGAGGCAGGACCAGAGUUUGGGACUGCCUGUGAGAGUGUGGAGGACCUGAGGAAUCUGACAGCACAGUUUGCACAGCCGACUGCUGAGGACAUUCUGAAAUGCAACAAGUCGGGAAAGUCUCCCCAUCGGAAGCGCUGUGUGGUGGAGCUGCACCAGGUCCUGCUGAAUCUGCUGACCGAGCUGGAGCCAUGGGAACACAAACUGGUCAAGGCUCGCACCAAGGCCAGAAAUAAAGUACUUUCUGAAUGGCGAGACUUCCAGUCCACACCACCCAGCAGUGAGGAGGUGACAGAUAUAUGGGGGGAAAGUGAAGAGGAAGUGAUGGAAGCAGAGGAUGAGAAGCUGCAAGAGGAAGAAGGUACCACUAAUGAUGAGGAGGAAGGGGAUGAAGACCAGGCUAACUCUGAUGAGGAAUGGACCAUUGAUAGCGAGCAUACAGGGCCUGUACCUGUUGUUACUAAGGGAGAGCUGGGCAGACUUCGCCCAAGAAAGACAGUAUGUGGAAGGGACAUACAGACUAGGCAGCCAGCCAAGGGAGAAUCAGUGGUGAAGGAAGCAGCAACUGUGGCCAGUAACAUUUGGGGCUCAUUGAAAGCCAGUCCUGGUCAGUUCCCCAGCUCAGGGCCUCAGCAGCAGACUGCAGCACAGCUCCUCCUGUCCAUGAAAUCCAGAUGCAGCAUAGCGUCUCCACAGCCAGCCCAGAAAGCAGUGACUGUGAAUAAGGUACCCAGCCAGGUGGUGUAUCAACUCCACCAGAACAAGGAAGGCAAUGCACUGCCUAUAACCCAGCCACAACAGGAGGGAAGAAGAAUUGUUAGUCCCAAGGUACCAACUGUCACUGCUCAACAUAUUCGGCAAAUUCCACCAUCAAACCAAGCAAGUGCCACAACUCUGAAGGUGCCCAUCGCUCAAUUGUCUACCAAACAGCAGGCUGGUACUCAAGUGGUCAAAGGGAGCUCCAAAGUGCCUCAGAUCCUUCAAUUGCAAACAAGUGGUUCAAGUCAACCUAUAUAUUUGCUCCAACAGAUCAAUGAGCAAGGGCAUGUGGUGUACCUCCAACUCCAACCUACCUCCAGCUGUGCAACAACAGCUUCUUCCAAAACAAUCACAGGUCUGGCAAACAUUGUUACAUCUAAGCCAGAAGGAAAUGGUAGUCUUGUUUGUUCUCAAAUCAGUAAACCCAAAAUUCACCCUGAAACUCGGGAAGGUAAUGUAAUGCCUUCACUAGCCACACAACAGCACUCUAAUCUUGUGGUAAAGAAGUCAAAAGUCGAAGAAGCCUCUGCUUUUUCCCACAGUUCUAGCAAAGGGUUGCAGAAUCAGGUAACUUACGGGAUCUCUGCUACAUCUGCCCAACAACACCAUACCGCUGUGGAUCAACUAGACCCAGUACCAAAAACAGCCUCUACAACUGCCAACAGUCCUGUCCAGCCUGCCUCCUCCUUACUGAGGCCUGCAGUGCUUCAACAGAAUGCCAGGAUGACACCAGUCGUUGUGAAAUCUUUUGUGCCAGGGUCAGAAGCAUGCCCAGGAGCUGCUCAGGUCGCUAGAGGUGUGCCACAGUUCACACCUGUAACUCCACAGCAGAUGCCAGCAGGUACAAAGCUGGUAAUGUCUGAUAUUAACCAAACUCAGUCUACUGUACAACAGAGGCCAGCAGUGGUGCAGAGAGGCCUGAAAAUUGUUUCUGCAGGUGUGCAACAGACUCAAACCAACUUACAUAUGCCUGCAGGAACUCAGUUUGUAAAGAUAGGAGUUCCAACAGGUAAGAUGUGCCCAGUCACAACACCAUUUGCUGCACAAGGUGCAAAGGUCGUGCAUACAUCAACAUUUACGCCAACAGUACAGCAUGACAAACUAGCACCUGUAGUCAGCCCCAUCACUCCCCAGUCUCAGCAGGGGUUACAACUGGUACAGCUGAAGUCUGUUCCAUUACAGGGCCCAGGACAUGGCAAAACUCAGGGCCAAAUUACAAGAACAAUACCCCAUACUCACAGCAAUGUAGCUACAGCAAAUACUCCAGCACAAGUUAUGCACUUUAAGUUAAGCCCAAUGGUGUUAAGUCCAAUGCAUAGUGUGCCACAGAAUGAUAUCAAUGCCUCAUCAAAUGUUGCUAAUUCUCCAAGAACGCAACAUUCUAUUCAGACUACGAAGCUUCACCCAAAUCUUCAGCUGUCUGAGAAAACAGCCACCACAGCAGUGACAGCACCUCUCAAGUCAGUUGCCAGCAAGCUUGUCAGCCAGCCAUUGCUACAUCAACAACUGACAACCAAUUCUCCAGUGCAAACGCUUUAUCAGAGUUCCAGUGCGGUGGCUACAGAUGGUGUAUUGCUUCAACAUCAGGCUAAGCAGGGAGUAAAACCAGUCAUUGAGAGUCCAACUGUUGUACAAGUCAGCCCUGGAUCACAGCAGCAAAUACUGGGACAGCCAACCCAGGCUGCCAGCACUCAUGCCAUUUCUCACCACUUACAUAUACCAGCAGCUGCCUCAGUCAGUGGUGUUACAUCUCCUCCUGUUGUAAUGCCCUUGUCUCAGCCAAAGGUAGUGUUUUCAUACUUAAAAACAAAUAAUACCUCAGUAACAUCUGCCAUCAGCAAUGCCAAUAGUGCUGCACAAGAACAAUCUGUUGGCAUGCAAACCAGGCAGGUAGCAACACCAAUAUAUGUGAGGAAUGGAAGCAAAUGUUUGGGAGCAGCAAAAGAGUCAGAGCAAAGAGUACUGCCAAAUGCUAGCAAAAUACAUGGACAAAAUAUUUUAACAUCUGUCAGGGAAGCUGUACAAGUCCCACCCUCUAAGAUACAAAAUGCACAUAUGUCUGUAACUCCGAGCCUGGAGGCUGCCCCAAAGCUGGUUGGCAGUUCACAAGGAGUUCCCGAGACAUGCACUCAUCCUGUGGCAGGUUCAUCCAGCUCAGCUAUUCCACACCAAACUCACACCUUGCUGCCAAAUUCUAAUGCACUGAAUCAUUCUGCAGGAAGACAGCCUACCCUGACCAUCUCCCCUUCCCUGCUGCAGGGGCUGCCUGUCCACUCUGCCGGGGGAGUGAACUAUGUGCAGCUCCUGCUGAAUCAGGGCGGUGUGAAGACCAUGUUAGCAGUACCAGUCCAGGUACAACCUGGUGGAAAAGUCACUAUUCCAACAGGCACAGUGAAUAGCCUGCAGACAAGCAUCCCCAGCCCCUCAAACAUAAGUUCUCAGGUCAUAUGUGGACCUUCAGUGCAGCAAACUGUAGCAUCACGCCUUCAGCGACAUGUGAGUCAGUCAGCAGGUCAAGUACUGACAGGCACCACUUUGAUGGGGCAAGGGCAGCCUGGUGUGCUGAGCUCAACUUCCACUGGAACUAUCAAUCUAGCCUCACCUGCACCAGUGUCGUGCACUGGCAUGUCGGCAGGACGUCACAAUGUCGUAGUUUCCUCUGUAGUGAAAGAAAGUAACAAAAGUACCAAAGUAAGCUGUGUGGAGCCGACCAGCACUUUCUCAUUAGUACCCACAAACCCACAGCCAUCUACCGGAGCAGCUACCCAGGUCGUGUCACGUACCCUGAGCUUACCUAUUAUGAGUCACAGUGUUGGAGCAUCAAAAACACAAUCUCCUGAAAAUAGUAUGAAUACACAAUCAGUGAGUCAGUGUAAAAAAAUCUGAAAUGGACAUUAAGGCAUGACUGAAGUCUGAUCACAGAUCAGUCAUGUCAAUCAGGAUUCUGACAUACAUGUAAAUGUAGUGACAUCAGUGACUUGCACCUACAUAGUAAAACUCCCUCAUCACGUCUAGAAAAUAUUCCGAAGGGCUUGUCAAUAGCAGAGGUUGUUUUUAAUCAUUACAAAAGCUAUAGUCUAUGAAGCUACGUAAGUCACUGUAAAAAGCAAUAACAGUAAGUGGAAAAUUCUAGGCUACCUCAUAAGUACUGCAGCAUAUAGAAAUGGGAAAUGAGUACCACAGACAGGAACCUAAUGCUCUCAGAUUGUUUAGCUGCAAUGUGGACAGAAUACCUUGAGGAAACCAUCCUGACAACUGUCUGACAAGCAGUUUGCCGGGUAAUCACUUGAUCUAACUAUUCUGAUGUACUGCUUUGACUUACACACACUUGCUUACAUGUAUAUAUAUAUAUAUGUGUGUGUGGAACUGUCCAGUCUAUUUGUCAUUGUUUUUCUGAAAAGAAGCUAAUAUUUUGACUUCAAGUGCCAGCAUGAUAAAGGUACAAGGAGAGCUACAAUGUACCACUGUAGACCUUUAAGAUUAGUAUAAUUACUUUACCCCACCACAGACUGGUAACAAUGCAACCGCCCAAAUGAUAAUUGAUGGAAGAGAAAUAUUCAUGUUUUUGCAUAUUUUUGUUUCGAUCUGUGCUCACAUGAGAUGACUUGUGCUUUGAAUGCUUGUGUUCAGUCCAACUUUUUGAAUAGCAUUUUUUUUCAACAUGAAUGAUUGAGAUUUUGCAUUAUGAUAGACAUGUAAGUAGAGGAAUUCUUGUCUAUACUGUGAUGACUACUAACUGGCAUUGUCUUCAUUUUUUCAUGACUAUUAAAGAUGGCUGUCUUACUAUCGAA